AGCCUCAUUCGAAUUUCUUUCGCGUCUUCUAUUGGCUCAUUGUUGUGAGAGUGUAAUGUUUACAAUCGUAAAUUUGAUCAACGUCUCUUUUGGGUAUUGCUUGAUCGCUUUAAAGCAAAUUCGUUUUCUCAAUUGAAAAUGCAGACUAUUAAAGUUGAAAAUGUCGAUCCAAGCAAAACCGUCGCUCCGGAAAAGAAAGCUCAGAAUAGAGAAAAACAACUAUUGACUUUUGUUGUCAAAGCGACGGCCCGCGAUCAAGAAAAGAAUAUUUUGAUAUCAAAACUACAGAGAGAAAUAUCGGAGGCAGUUGAAAAUUUGGAAGCAUUGCAAGCAGAGGUCACACUGAAGGACAAAAUUCUUCGCGCCAAAGACGACGAAUUGUUGACUAUAAAAUCUGAGAACGAAGCAUUGAACCAGAAACUACAGCUUUUGUUGAGUGACAAUAAAACUCCGUUCAAGUCUGGUAACAACAACUUUGGUCUGAAGAAAAAUGACAAUAACGUCUUUAAAACUUCACUGAAGCUGAUCAACAAUGUUGCUCUAAAGAAUAAUGACAAAGACGUUGUUAAGAUCAAAAAUAACAAAAGUCCUGGUAAUAAUAAUCACUUGCCUUCUAUGAUUCCAACUCCUGAUAUUUCGAGAAAGAGGUCGUUUAAGAAGUCUAAUAUGCCGAAAGAUAACAUGACAAAUCUUUUUUACAAUUUACGCAAGAAAAGCAAGAAAUAGUGUACCAGCUCGAUAAACUACAUAUGAGUAAAUUUUUUUAUUGACAUUAUGAAAGAGACGAAUUAUCAUUAUUUUUAUAGCUUACAAUCAAAAUCAGUUAAAUAAAUUAAUGCAAUCUACAUUCAUAGUAUUGUUUUAAUUUAUUAGCAUGAUUAUUAUUAAUUUAUGCUUAUCCUA